AUGAACUUGCAGAUGAAAGGUGAGGAUCUUGAAGGGCUGAAUCUGGAUGAGUUGCUGAAGUUGGAACAACUGGUGGAAGCAAGCCUUGGCCGUGUCAUGGAAACUAAGGAAGAGCUGAUUAAGAGUGAGAUUAUGGAACUUGAAAGAAAGGGAGCUGAGCUAGUUGAAGCCAACAACCAGCUAAGGCAGACGAUGGUGAUGUUAUCGGGAGGAAAUACUGGACCUGCGCUUAUGGAUCCGGAGAGGCUGAAUAAUAAUAUUGAAGGUGGAGGAGAAGAAGAAGGCAUGUCAGCUGAAUCUGCUAUCUCCACCACCUGCAACAGUGCUGUCAGUCUCUCUCUUGAAGAUGACUCCUCCGAUGAGGUCACUUUGUCUCUCAAACUGGGGUGA